AUGAAAGCACCACUAGGGCCAUACCAUACUGCUGGUCCCAGUGAGAAAGACAACAUGCUUAGCGGCAGAGACUAUCGCCACUUCACCGAUCCAGAACUACUGACCGAUAGAGCAUGGUGCAAACAAGCAGUCGAACGCUACAACAAAGGCGCGAAGUCGUCUUUUGACAUUGACAUGGACUCACGCAUGAGGCUGUUCAGACAGAUACUACAGCCGGAUCGUCUGUUGCGACAAGCGGACUCGCGCAGUCAUCCUAUCGGCACCAUUGGCUCCAAGAUUCUGAUCGAAGCACCGUUCAAGUGCGAGUAUGGCUACAACGUUCAUAUCGCAGACAAUGUGGUGAUACAGGCAGGCUGUGAGAUAUACGAUCCUUGCCCUGUCACGAUCGGCAGAGGCACCAUCAUUGGCCCAAACGUCAAGUUCUACGGACUCGGACCGGAUACAAGGCUUGAUGCAAGAGUACGCAACGGCAGCGAAGGCAGACUAAGAGGAGGCAAGAUCUUGGUCGAAGAGGACUGUUUCAUUGGCGGCAACGUCGUCAUAUUGCCCAACGUGAUCAUCGGACGAGAAUGUGUGAUCGAGCCCGGGACUGUGGUCAGCGGUGUGAGUAGCCAAAAUGACACUUUGAUCUCUGCCUUAACACUGACAUUUUCAGAAUAUCCAACCAGGCAAAGUCGUCGCCGGCAACCCAAUGAGGAUAGUCCGCGACGUUGUCCCGAUACCGACCCAAGAAGAAGGAUAUGGUCGUCCUGA